AGUUUCAUUGGCCAAUAAAUAUCAAAACUCUCAGAACAUAUUCAUUAGCUUCAAAAUGUCGACCAACUUCAACGUGUUAAGAUACUCCCUCUUGGGUGCCGGUGUUGUCUACGGUGCCUACCACAGAUAUAGCUUGGAAAGCUCUGUCAAGCAAGAACACGCUGCUAACGCAUACGCUCAAGAAGCGAAGUUGAUCAACAAAGCCAAAGCCGAAUAUGCCAAAUUGAACGCCCCAAAAACUCCAGUGGCCUCGACAGGCUCAAUUAAUUGGGAAGAUCCAAACUUGGAUAUUGGAAGUGCUUUGGAAUCCUUGGUGGCCAAGUUAGAAUAAGCUUUGUAUUUAUUAUAGAAAUGCAUGAAAGAAUGAAGAGAGUCUCUGUAGGGUGGAGGAUAUGAAAGGGUGGCAGUAUUAGGAUAGGCCUCCCAUUGGCAGUCUGUUUACCACUGUACUGAUCCUUCUCUGUCCUCCUCCCCCACUUAAUGGGUGUCUUGUCUUGUCCCCCACACUAGUUAUCGGUGCGCGAAAUACAUAUCUUCAUGACUGCAAAGACCAAAAGAAGAGUGCUAGGAACCGUACAACAGGCCCCUACCACUGCCAAUGGAAGUACCAAACUACCCAUACAAAGUGGAGAACAUCCUCUACCGGUGCCCCAGCCGGUGAUGACAUCUCCGUCCCCCAUUGCACACACUGGUCCAGACUCUCUCAUUUGCCCUAUCUGUAACGAGAAAAUGAUUAGUGUCAACCAGCUAAACCAGCACAUUGACGAUGUGCACCUCGGCGACAGCAACUCAGAUUCUCCUCCGCCACCCACUGCCAUGCCUACCACCCCACAAAAGUUGGAUUCUCCUGGCGUACUAGAUAAGAUCAUCAAGAGAAACACCACCCCCACCAAAAAGAUCAUCAAUUUAGAUCUUUUUGAAGGCAGUAAAACCUUCAGCUUGAGUGACAGCAAUGGCCGUGACGCAAACCUGAUGUCCCCCACUCUCCACCAGAAACCCCGGGUCUCCAGGACCCAUUGGGUCCAACCUUCCGGUAACAACACCUGUUCCAUGGCCGGAUGCUCCAAACAAUUGAACGUCAAAAACGGCAUAGUGAACUGCCGCCGGUGUGGUAAGCUCUUCUGCAACAGCCAUACCGACUUUAAGGUGAAACUACGCAAUCCUAACCCCGGUGAAUCGAUUCCUCAGUACGAUAAAGACGGAAUUUGGAGCAAGUGCUGUGAAGAAUGUUUCUUCCACAAGCCUGAUAUCGUGGCAGGAACAGCUGUCAAUGCUGUGGACUUGACGCUGCUGUUCAGACAACUUCGUCAAACCAGGCAGGAAGAAAAUCAGUUGAUAAUCGACAAGACCGUCAAGAAAUUCAUCAAACUCGUGAACCUCUUAACCGAGUUCUACAUAACAUCCCAGCACCACAGGGAGGCUCCCCGUACGGGACUUUCGUCAUUUUUUCAGACAUCUACACUCGAUGAGUCUUUGUUAAUCGAAAAACAACGGGAGAUAGUGGGGUACGAGAACUGGCAGGACCAAAAUCUCGUCCAGUACUGUUACAUAUGCUUGACGAAGUUCGGGUUCUUGCUUCGAAAACAUCAUUGUCGUCUUUGUGGGCAGGUAGUAUGUGACGACAAGUUUUCAGAACGGCAGGAGUGUUCGUUACUAGUGCCGUUGCCCAUGAUAUUAUCGAAACUUACACAUCUAAACUAUUCUGUACAGGUGAAAACACAUUUUGACGAGGUACUCCACUCACACGACGACCUCUUCUCGGUUAGAAUGUGCAAAAACUGCAAGGACAGUUUGCUUUACGAUUACAAGUUGAAGAUUCUCAAUGAGCAGCAUGAUCCAAAGCUCCAGGAGCUUUUCUCGUACUAUAACCAGUUGUUUGUGGUCAAAGAGAAGAUACACCACCAGAUGGCAAAAUAUCGGCGAGAGAUGGAUGCAGUAACGAAGUCCAAGUCCAAUGCCGCUCUUGAAUCGACAAAUCGAUUCAAAGACCGUGUGAUGGGGUCAUUUCGAGAGUUCGAACGGAUAUUAACCGAAUUUAAGACAAUAUACUUUGUCCAGAACAGCGUGAGUCCGCAGUUUCAGAAAUACGGUCGGAUUCUCAAAGGCAUCAACCAGAGCUUGAUCCUUUUUCUUCAGGAAAGCUUGAUGGAAUUCAAGGAUUUGAACAACAGAUUAAAACAAACAGAAAAUGAGGCGAUGCCCAAGCAGCCCGAAGUGGAGAUUCCCCGUCUAACGAAAAAACAGAUAAGGGAGCUUCGAGAGCUGUUGAUGGUGAUGAACGAGCAGAAGUUCAUCAUUGAAAAGUUGAUUAACGACGUGACAAAACAACGCAAGUUUGACGAGUUGCAGCCAUUGCUUAAUAACAAGCUCGAAAUCACAACCGAAAUCGACCGACUUGAGAGUGAGCUUGGGGAGUUUGGGUUUUCAUAGAUGUAUUUUAUAGACAUAAUAG